AUGGUAUCGACUCGCAAUCACCCACAAGACUUCCCUGCGCAAGGGUCCACUGAAUUGACUCCACAGACACCAUUGAGAGGUAACUUGUCUUCAAUGGCAUUGCAAACUCCCGCUCAGAAAGGGGACAACGACCAGGGGUCCUGGUCUCAUACACCGUCGCUUCUCACUUUAACUUGGCUUGCCAUCUCGUUGCCGUUGGUCAUCUGGGACACUGGCUAUGUCUUCCUUCGUCCACACUCCAUGCCUGGAGGCAAAUACCAGAAGCCUCUGUGGGUGCCUUAUGAGCUCUACGGUCAGGUUGAUCACGUUUACGGCUGGCCUGCAUACAACUCGGGCAACGGGUUCACCGCUGCUCAGUCUGCUGUGAAUGUCAUCGAGUGUGUAGGUUAUUUCUACUAUCUCUACCUGCUUUGUGUUCACGGCAGGACCGAGAAGAACGUCCAGGGCACUGGCGCUCCUGACCAGCAGAAGAUCGGAAAACUCGCACAGAGUCGAACUGUGUACGGAAAAGCUGCUGCACAGGCCGCCGUUCUGCUGUACGGCGUUGCUCUCAUGACGUUGAGCAAGACCGUGCUGUAUUUGCUCAACGAGGUAUUUUCUGAAUUUGCCCAUAUCGGCCACAAUGACGCCUCGUCCAUCUUCUUCCUCUGGGCUCUCCCCAAUGGUGCCUGGAUCGCCCUUCCAACAUAUCUCGUCUACGUUUCUGCCAAGGAAAUCAUGGAAGGCUUACAGGUUGCUGUGAGCAGCAGCAAGAAGACUCAGUAA